AAGUUCAUUCCCAGGCCAUCUCUCUAUUUAGCGCUGACAGCGCAGCUACCUGCAGAAAGUGCAAAAUGAAAACACAAAGUGUAUGCCUUCUGUCCUAGACAUGGGUACAUUGAAAGUCUCCGGCGUCUUUGAAAAUUGCCAGUUCGUGGUUGAUUUUGCUGCUUCCUUGUCGCUAACGUACAAAGGGAAGGAAGAAAUUCGACGAAAGAUCGUAGAAAAUGGCGGUACAUUGUCAUAUGUACUAACAAAACAGACAAACUUUCUGGUGACUGGUGAUUCUGAACGAGCUUUGUCAUCGUAUAAGGGAAGAACUGCAGUGAAGCUUGGAAUUCCAGUGGUUCCAUUUGAUUUCAUUACUGACUGCAUCAAGUCUGGAAAACUUGUUGAUCCACAGCCUUUUCCUUUGUCAGAAACCCUUGAAUCACAGAACUUUAGUUCAGGCAAGAUUGUUGCUAAGAACCAAAGGGAAGAUAAUGUGACCAAACCUACAAAGAAACAGAAGCUUCCAGAUCUCAAUAGAAUAAAGGUGUGGCCUUACAAAGCAGUUGAUGGUCCAGAAUUUGAUGAGCCAAACUGUGAAAUUGUUAAAGAUGCCCUACUAGCGAAAACAAAUCCUGGUGAGGGUCCUCUUCUUCUUUACUCUCUGGAGUUGCACUUCAUCCCUUCACAUGUACCUUGCACCAGCUCAAGAUACCGCUUAUUUACGCACCAAGGUACCUUGAUGGCAUUCAUCAUGGGAUAUAAUGAAGGGACAAAGGAAUGCAGAUAUUUCAGCUCUUCUGAGGAGGCAUUUGGAGCAUUCAUUGCUAUAACAGAUCAGCAAUUUGCAGACGGUUACAAGAAAUUAUCAAAGUAUCCAUCACCCAAUAUUGGCUCUGACAGACUGAAACAGUUGGUGAAUGAGGAAUCAUCUUCUCAGGAAGAUUCUUCAAUCUCCCCUGAAGUUGCAAACCUUAUCAAUUACAUUUGGAAUGAGGCAGUAGGCAGUCUGGCAGAUAUUCUGGCCACUCCUCUUAGUUCCAUCAAACUUGAGGAUGUAGAGAAAGCUGAAGCAAUCUUACUUUUAUUGAGAAAAUCAAUAGAUGAUGGUGAAGGGGUCAGCACUAUUCACCAGCUAUCUGAUGAGUUUUUCUCAGCUAUUCCUCACAAGAACAGAGGAGAAAACAUAAGUUCAAAGCGUCUCAUUGCUCAAAAACAAGACUUUUGUCAACUUAUUAAAGACAUGGUGAGCAUUGGCGAGUCUACAAACUGGAAAACCAGACAAGAUGUACAUUCCAAGUACAGGGCACUCAAGUCCUAUAUUGAAUGCCUUAACCAUGAAAGUGAUGGUUUCAAAAAAAUCCAAAAGCUUGUUAAAUCAAGCGAAACAAGUCCUCCAGAGAUUGAUGUACUCAAUGUAUACUCUAUCCACCGUCCUGUGGAGGAAACUGCCUUUUCUCCCCACAUUGGAAAUAAUGCUCUUCUUUUCCAUGCAUCGAAGGUGGCAAACUUUGUAGGCAUACUUUCAAGAGGGCUUCUUAUGCCUAAAAUUGUCGUGGAUGACUUUGGAGGACAACGCUCAGACCCAGGAAUGUUAGGAAGUGGGAUUUACUUUUCCAAUUCUGCCAGCACCAGUGCCAAGUACUCGGCACCUGGAAGCAAGGGAUCAAGGCUUAUGCUUGUGAAUGAGGUCGCCUUGGGUAAAGUCAAGGAGUUCAAGACAUUUGCCAUGGAUUUGACCUCGCCUCCACCAGGUUAUAGCAGCUGCCAUGGAAUGAGAAGCACGGAUAAUGAGCCUUCUGACUUUAAGGACGACGAGUUUGCCAUCUACAACGGGAACCAACAGAAAAUAAGAUAUCUGGUUGAGUUUGUGUUGCGUGGUGAUGUUGUAGUCGCUGAUCGAGAUGAUGCCUCGAUUGAUAGCGGGUUUUUCGAUGAUAGCUCGGAAGCUGCUCCCGAAGACCAUCGCGGCAGUGUAGUCCUAACGGAUGUGAUGUCAAUUGUGGAUCCUCUGACUAAAGUUGAGGCAGGACUUAAGGGAACUGGAGACAAGUCCAUCCCGUUGCAGUCAGUUCAUAUUAGAGCUAGGCUGUUGGAUUUGGCGGCUCAGGUGAUAGUUUUUCAAGAGUACAGCAAUAACAGCUCGACGCCCAUAGAAGCUAAAUACGUUUUCCCUCUCGACGACAUGGCAGCAGUUUGUGGUUUUGAGGCGUUCAUCAAUGGUAAGCAUAUCGUUGGUGAAGUGAAGGAAAAAGAACAAGCGCACAAAGAAUAUAGGGAAGCCAUCAGCAAGGGGCAUGGGGCCUACCUUAUGGACGAGGAAACCCCGGAUGUGUUUACAGUCAGUGUUGGAAACCUUCCUCCCGGUGCUCAAGUGUUAAUCAAGAUAACUUAUGUCACUGAAUUAACAGUGGACGGCGAACACAUCUGUUUCUCGCUCCCAGGCUCCGUGGCUCCGUGGACACGUGACAAGGCCUUAGAAGAAGUAACUCAGACUUAUGUGGAUACAGUGCGGAUAGGGGAAGUGGGACCCUGCGAUCCCGCCUUUGACGUUUCUAUGAAAGUGUCCGUGGAGAUGCCCUUUGAGAUUCGCUCACUUGACUCACCGACUCAUGCGAUGAAAGUUAAGCGAACAGCCACCAAAGCAGUGAUAGAACUGGAGCCAGGCCAGUCUCUUGGAGAUGGAUUUCAACUUUUGAUUGGUUUAGCAGAGAUUCACGUACCCCGGAUGUGGGUGGAGCGGCACACCAACAAUUCAGAUAGACAGGCUUGUAUGCUCACAUUUUAUCCUGAGUUCGAGGCUAAAAGUCCUUCUGAAGUUGAAGUGAUAUUUCUGCUUGAUCUCUCCAGCUCAAUGAAGGGUUCAAAUCUUAACGACGCCAAAAAGAUACUACUGAUGUGCCUUAGUCUUGUGAAGGAAGGUUGGAUUUUCAACGUACUCGUGUUUGGAAGCAAACAUUCAGAGCUGUUUCUAUAUAGCGUACGAAAAGACAAAGAUUCUUUUGAAGAAGCUAAAAAAUUUGUCGAGUCCUUAACCGCUGACAAAGGCAGCACAGAGUUGUGGCGAGUCCUUCGGAAGCUGUACAUGUUACCCACCUUAUCGACCGCUGACCACCCACGCAAUCUGUUCUUAAUCUCGGAUGGCCACGUGACAGAAGAGGAAACCACUCUUGGCUUGAUCCGUAAUCAUUGCCAAAGUGACAGGCUCUUUUCCCUUGGUGUGGGUUCCACGGCCAAUCGUUACCUUCUACGAGCAAUGUCCAGAGUUGGAGCUGGUGCCUCAGAGUUUUUUGACGGUAGUGCCAAGUCUAAAUGGGAAAGAAAGGUGAGAUCGCAGUUGUCCAAAGCUGAGCAACCAGGCCUGACAUCAGUGGGAGUAACCUGGCAGCAGCACGAUUCCGGGUCCAGUCCCCCUGUACAAGCUCCUCACCAACUCUUGUCGCUGUUCAACGGUUCUAGACAAGUGGUUUAUGGAUUUGUUGAUAACUGCACACAGGCCACCUUGAGCGCAGAGGUUAACGGCACAACGGUAUCAACCAUGGUGUCUACCGCUGAUCUAAAUAUCACUAAGGGCAAAAUUCUUCAUCAGCUGACCGCGCGUGCAAUCAUCAGAGACUGGGACGAAGGUAGCCUGCAUGAGCAGCGCACUGGGCACGAGAUUGUGAAGAGAGACAGGAAAGACUUCAUCGUUUCCUUGAGCAAGACGUUCUCCGUGGUAUCCAAAUUCACAAGUUUUGUUGCAGUUGAACACAGAGAAAAGGACGAGAAAUUCAAGGAGGGCCAGGGACCGAGUAUACUCGAGUUGGUCUCUACGGAAGAUGUAGACAUAUUGGAAUACAUAGCUUGGGAGAGUCGACCUGUAAUGGAGAAAAAUCAGGAACUGAAUAUUGAAGAGAAACUAGAGAAAAAGCUCCAAGAGGCGAAGGUGUUGGAGACAAGCUCAGUUUUACAAUGCGAGCGCCUUUACAAAGAAAUUAUUGAAGAAGCGAAGGAAAACCUCGGUGCUGAUCAGCCAGUGACAGUUAAGGCAAUAAAAGCCCUUUCAAACCUGUACACUUUGAUGGGUGAAGAGGAGAAGGCUUGUCGAAUUUUUGAAGAAAACGAGUCGGCUGUCAGUGAUUUCAGUCUCGAUGUGGAAGUGCCACGGAAUUCCACAAGCAAAGAUUCCGACUGGAGUGAUCCUACAGAAGGUAGUGCCUUCUCCUCUGGGGAUAGUAGCGACAAUAAUGUUUCGGUGGCGGAGGCAGAACUUCUGGAUGAAGAGGAGCUUGAAUUCUGUGAAAUGGACCAGCAAGGCAUGGAUGAGGAAAAGGAAGCUUCAGAGGCGCCCUUCCCGCGGGUAAUCACGAAAGACAUGAAUUCAGCCUCUAAAACGAGGACCCAAGACAUGGAUACAGAGAGUGAAUCAAAGCCUGAGCCGGUGAAGAGCAUCGGCACUCGUGACGCCGAGAGAAAACCUGAGGCAUUAUGGCGAGCUAGGACAAAGUCACGCAUGGCUGCGUUCUAUAGAGGCAUGGAUGAGGAUGAGGAUGAGGAUGAGGAAGAGGAAGCUUCAGAGGUGCCCUCCCCGCGGGUAAUCUCGAGAGACAUGAAUUCAGCCUCUAAAACGAGGACCCAAGACAUGGAUACAGAGAGUGAAUCAAAGCCUGAGCCGGUGAAGAGCAUCGGCACUCGUGACGCCGAGAGAAAACCUGAGGCAUUAUGGCGAGCUAGGGCAAAGCCACGCAUGGCUGCGUUCUCUAGAGGCAUGGAUGAGGAAGCGGAAGCUUCAGAGGUGCCCUCCCCGCGGGUAAUCACGAGAGACAUGAAUUCAGCCACUAAACCGAGGACCGAAGUAGAUGAGAGCAAGAAGGCAGAAAAGAAAGAAAGUUACAAACCGCAAAUGGAGCGAGGCGAUGAUGCUUCUCUGGUUACGCAAAGAGUCGCUUCGUCCUCAUCAUCGGCAUUCUUGCUCCCAAGACAGGAUUAUCCUUCUAAUGUAAUUACAAGAGACGGCGUGUCUGCCUUUGAAGCACCUGGUUUUGCUUUCACAUCAAAGCUCGCAGCUCUUCCUACCACUGAGGCAUCUUCGUGCCAAGCUGGUUCCGGUUUGUCUGACAAGUUACAACAGCCACAAGAACCAUUAUUAAAGAAGGCAGCACCUGUUACCUUUGGAGGAAGAAUUGUUCAAAGAGAAGGUAUUCCUUUUGGAAGAUCUUGUCGUUUUGGUGGACAGAAUAUGAAGAUUUCACAGCAGUCACAGCGAAACCAAUUAUUUGGUAAGUCGGGAGAAGAUGAUGGAUUAUUUGAUUCAUCCAAAAAGAAAGCAAUUCAAGAGAUACCAACGUUCAUGGAAAAGGAAGCAGUGCCCCCAGUUGUUGGAAGACGCUCAGGUUCUAGUCUGCAGAAUAUGGAGAUGUCUAACUCAGCUCAGUCAUCUGGUAGUUCUACGUUUGCCCGAUUUCAGACGUUGCAGCGAAACCCCUUAAAUUUUCCACAAACUGGUGGAUUAUUUGGUAAUUCGCAGCAGAUCAAAAUGUUUUCCCAGCCACUGAAAGCUGCAACCGAUCCAUGUAGCUCUCGUUCCACAUUAAACAGAGCAGAUCGUCGGAUGGAAGAGGAAGUGAGGCAAGAGAUACCAGCAACUAUCAAAGGAGAUGGAGCAGUUCCAAUGAAUGCAGAGCCAAUGUUAAAACAGGAAACAUGUCCAGUCCCAGGAAAUCUCCAACAACCUCUUCCUCCACCUCCUGCACCACCACCACCACCACCUGCUUCCCUUGCACCCUUGCACCGCCCUACUCUCCUCCCAGGGGGCUCUCGUCCUCCAACCGUUGUACCAGCUAGAGCGUCGUUGAUGAAAGAUUUCCCUGGAGUGAGCAAGACGCUAAAGGGAGUAACAGUAGCCUCUAAGCAGUCAGCAUCUGCAACCACAACUGCAGUAACCGGAUUUGGGGCUCCCCCUCCUCCUCCUCCUCCUCCGGCCUGUUCAGCAGCAGGCAGCUCUAAACUUCUUUCUGUCGGGUCAAAACCCCCUCCCUCGAUCGGUUCAACAUACCACGGGAUCGUUUGUACGAGAUCUUUAGAGAUGAAUGAAAAUGAGAUGAAAUGUCGAGAGCUGAGGAAAGCCAUCAUUCAAGAUGAGCGAGAAAAGCUAGAACGGAUAUUUACUGCACAAAAUUCGGAGGGUUUCUGGAAUGUGGAUGACUUGCCUAUCAUUGGUAUAGACACACAAGGCUUUACUGAUUUGCUGGCAGGUGCUGGUGCCAGGUCUCUUGGUCUUAAAGUUUUUGAAAGCGUGAAAAGACUUCUGGCCACCUUCAUGAUGUUGGCGUUCAUGAAACUGAGGCUUCAUGUCGUGUUCCCACUGACGCUUCCAUUCGGACAACCUGAGUCUGAGGUAACUGUUGGUGGUUUGGGAGUGAAGUAUUCCAAAGACAUCACAAAAGCGCUCAAGUGGGUUAAGAUCCAGGAAAGGAAGAUUCCUCUUCUUUACUCCCGACUGGAAUUUGGAGCCAACUGGGAAGCGGCCACACGAACGAUGGCACGGAAGAUGAAAAUUUAAAAGUGGAAAAAAAAAACUUGUUAGUGAAAUUAAAAGCCCAUUGUUCCAUUUUUUUUAAGCUCCGCACAGAUCCUUUUAUUUUCGUAAACGGAUAAUAUCCACAUAAUUUUUUUCUAUUGGCAGUUGCGAUUAUUUUGGUUUUAGUUUGACGACAUCCAGUCAAGUUGCGCUUCAGUGCAUGGAAUUUCUAAGAUAACAUUCCAAAAUUAACAGGAGUCUUUAUUAGAAAUUGUAGUUGAAUCUCUGAGAUGUGACGGACUCGCUUUUAAAUUUGUCCAAGAUUAAUCCGGGGAAAGUAAUGUAAUUGGGACUUAGAGUUGAAACUCCAAAACAUAAUGAAUUUAUAUUUUAGUUUGGUCAAGAUAUGUGAAAGGCCUUUUUGAGUUUCAACCUGGUAAGUAAAUGAGAACAAUAUGAUGAUGUGUGGUUCUAAAAGAACAUUUUAAUCUCUGAAAUAUUAAUUGAUACAGGGGUAUUACUAAGCAAAAUAAUAAUUGAGAUUAAAUAAUAAAAUAAAAUAAUACUGAGGAAAAUAAUGAUUGAGAUUAUAUAAGGCAUCUUAUAAAGUCUAAAUGAUUACAUGAUUUGAUUUUUUUAUUAUUGUAAGAGGUUCAAAAUCUUCAUAAUUUUCUGAAUAUGGCUACUUUUGUUAACUUGUUCGUCUUGCCAUCAUGACAACGGGGUAACCAUAUAUCAACAAAAAAGGCAAAAAUAAAAUUCUAUUUAAUAAACAA